AUGCCGCGCAGGCUCUCCAAACAAAUCUCCUUCACAUCCCUCUCGUCGGCCCUCGCCACCCCCUCCGCUCUUACGUCCCAGAUCCCCCCGUCCCUCACGGACCCGACGCUCCCGCUGCCCAAACUCAUCGUCUUCGAUCUCGACUACACCCUCUGGCCGUUCUGGGUCGACACGCACGUCACGCCCCCCCUCAAGCCGGACGCGGCGCACUCCCUCGCCACGGACCGCCACGGCGAGGAGUACGCCUUCUACCCCGACGUCCCUCAGAUCCUGCGGCUUCUGCCCCGCGCGGUCCCCGACUCCAGCGCCCCCAUCAAGCUGGGCGUCGCGUCGCGAACCCACGCGCCCGGGCUGGCCAGGGACCUGCUGAAGAUGCUGCACGUGCCGCCGGCGCAGGAGGGGGACAGGCCCCGCAAGGCCCUGGACGCGUUUGACGCCGGGACGGAGAUUUACCCCGGCAGCAAGAUCCGGCACGUCGAGGCGCUCCAGCGGAGGACGGGCGUCGCGUUCGACGACAUCCUGUUCUUCGACGACGAGAGCAGGAACCAGGAGACCGAGGGCCUGGGCAUCACGAUGCGCCUCGUGCGGGACGGCGUGUGCUGGGCCGAGAUUGAGAAGGGCGUCGACGACUGGCGGAGACGGAGGGGCUUCGGGAGGGGCGGCGUGUGA